AUGAAAUAUCUGGGACUUGAGAGGACGCUGAAGGCAUUAGCACUUGAGCUUUUCUCUGCAUUUGUUAACGCGUAUAUGAACCAAUGUGUCCUCGGUGCAAAGUGCUACUGUGAAUCUAUUGCAAAGCACUACUUCUUAUAUUGUCGCUGGUACAUGUCAACGAAAAGCAGCCAUGGUCAGUAUUGUAAGUGCACUGGGUCCGUCUUGGUAACCGAAUAUUAA